AUGGCGCCCACGAACCUUGUGGUGGUCUGCUGCCACGGCGUCUGGACCGGCGGGCCGUCUGCCGGCGCCGACGAGGCCGAGUGGCUGAUUGCCGACUUCCAGCGUGGCGAGACGGCCAUCUUUCGCGAGCACGUCCGCGCGGGCGUGCGCUGCCUGGCAGAGGACAGAGGGAAUUCCGUCCUAGUUUUCUCAGGCGCAGCAACCCGCAAGGAAACAGAGCUGUCCGAGGCGCAGAGCUACGCCAACCUCGCCCAGGCGCACGGCUACUGGUCCCUGCUGCCCAGCCCCCCCUCCAGCACCGAGGUGCUCGUCGAGGACCGCGCGCUGGACUCGUACCACAACGUCCUCUUUAGCCUGACGCUCUUCUGGGGGACCUUUCGCCGGUGGCCGGGACGCGUCACCGUCGUCAGCCACGCGUUCAAGAAGCCGCGCAUCGUCGACGGGCACUGCGCUGCGAUUGGCUUUCCGCGGGAACACGUGGCGUACCCGACGAUUCCGGGCGUGGUGGACGAUCCGGCGUCGCUGGCGGGCGUGGCGGCGGCGGAGGAGGAGUGGACGAGGGACGAGCACGGGCGAGGGCAGAGCCUCGCGGGGAAGAGAGCGAGGAGGAACCCGUGGGGGGCGUGGCAGGGCGUGUUCCCGAGAGGAGUGGAUGGCAUAGGCAGUGGACUGAGAACGGUUGGUGGGAUAGACGCACAGGAGAGGUUGGAUGUUGAUGCUCCGAGGCCGUUUACAUGA